CGACAACGUUUUGGUAUUGUAACACUGUUUCUUCUCCGACAGAGCAAAUUACAACGACAGUGUUGUUAAAUCCCUUCGAAGCUUUGCUUUAUCGGAAAAUUAUCUGAGAAAUUUUGUAUCUCUUUUAUUCUACUGGAGAUUUUGAAUCUGUGAGUUUUCUGGGAAGAUGCAAAUGCCGAAAUUUCUAGAUUGGUAUUUGAAGAUCGCGAUUGGAUCGGCUAUUAUUGGUGGAGGCAUGGAAUACUUCAUGAUCAAGACUGAUGACAAGGUUACUGUACUCGAAGCAGAGAAACGAGCAUAUGAAGAUUCUCCUGAAGCUCAAGCUACGAGGGAAGCUCUUAAUCCGUGGAGAAACAAGGACGCAGAAACGAGCAAAAAGUCUAUAGUCUCUAUCAAUGCUGCUGCUGAUGAUACUAGCCAUGUGCCUGCUCAUGAGUUUGAAUCAGCCGGAGUGAGACAACUUGUUUUGUUCCAUAUCUUUGCCUUUCUAUAUAUAUAUAUGGCUUUGGAUCUAAGUACGGAGUGCAAAGAAAUGAGGAAGAUGGUGAAGUGCAAGAAGGUCAAGCACCGAGAUUGCAAGGGACGAAAGGAAAAACCAAAAUUACGCGAAACUUGUAUGCGAAGAAACCUUGGAAUUCUUCGUAGGAUUGUACCAGGUUGUGAAGAGGUGGACGACGAGGAAGCCUUGUUCCUCAAGUCAAUUCAGCAUCUCAUGCUUCUCAAAUCCCAGGUUACUUUUCUUAGAAAGCUAGCUGAUGUAUGUGGUGUCUAA